CCAGCUCCGUUCCGCUCCGCAGAGCCGGCGCGGCCAAGGCGCAGGGAGGGCGGCCCUCGGCGCCCGCGACCGGAGCCCCACGCGCUGUCUCCGCCGCGGGACCUGGGUCCCCGCGCUGCUCCCCAGAGCCCGAGCGCCCCGCGGGCGGGAUCUGGGCCGGGACCGGCGGCGACCGAGGGAGCGAGGAGCGAGCAGAGUCGCGUGCGCGGACGCGCAGCUCCAGGUCCCCUCCCAGCCCCGACCGGUGCCCGCCGCCGCCAGACUCGGGCUGCCCGCGGGAGGGGCGGUGCGCCCGCCACCCGUCGGGGACCGCAGCUACUCGGCGGGUGUGCCGCUGGACAGUAUCCGGCCCUUCCACAAGAAAUAUAAACUCCACAAGAGGACACACUUUGCUUAUUUUGUUUGCUGCUGCAUCCCUGACACCUAGAACAGAGCCUGGCACAGAGAAGGCACUCAGUCCCCGGAUGAGAAGGAGCUGACAGCAGCCGAGUGUCACCUUCUCUGAGUGCUGGGGAGCAGGGCUUCGUGGCCCAGGCGGCAGCAAUGCCGAAGAACAGCAAGGUGACCCAGCGCGAACACAGCAGCGAGCAUGUCACGGAGUCGGUGGCCGACCUGCUGGCCCUCGAGGAGCCGGUGGACUACAAGCAGAGCAUCCUGAACAUGGCGGGUGAGACAGGUGGCAAGCAGAAGGCCGCAGACGAGGAGCUGGGUGCGGAGGACCGGCCGGCCUGGAAUAGCAAGCUGCAGUACAUCCUGGCCCAGAUUGGGUUCUCUGUGGGCCUGGGCAACAUCUGGAGGUUCCCUUACCUGUGCCAGAAAAACGGAGGCGGUGCCUACCUGGUGCCCUACCUCGUGCUGCUGAUCAUCAUCGGGAUCCCACUCUUCUUCUUGGAGCUGGCCGUGGGCCAGAGGAUCCGCCGCGGCAGCAUUGGCGUGUGGCACUACGUGUGCCCCCGCCUCGGGGGCAUCGGCUUCUCCAGCUGCAUAGUCUGCCUCUUUGUUGGGCUGUAUUAUAAUGUGAUCAUCGGGUGGAGCAUCUUCUACUUCUUCAAGUCCUUCCAGUACCCGCUGCCGUGGAGUGAAUGUCCUGUCAUCAGGAAUGGGACUGUGGCAGUGGUGGAGGCAGAGUGUGAGAAGAGCUCAGCCACUACCUACUUCUGGUACCGAGAGGCCUUGGACAUAUCCAACUCCAUCUCGGAGAGCGGCGGCCUCAACUGGAAGAUGACCCUGUGUCUCCUGGUGGCCUGGAGCAUCGUGGGUAUGGCUGUCGUCAAGGGCAUCCAGUCCUCGGGGAAGGUGAUGUAUUUCAGCUCCCUCUUCCCCUACGUGGUGCUCGCCUGCUUCCUGGUCCGGGGGCUGUUGCUGCGAGGGGCCGUCGAUGGCAUCCUACACAUGUUUACCCCCAAGCUGGACAAGAUGCUGGAUCCCCAGGUGUGGCGGGAGGCGGCCACCCAGGUCUUCUUCGCCCUGGGGUUGGGCUUCGGGGGUGUCAUCGCCUUCUCCAGCUACAACAAGCCAGACAACAACUGCCACUUCGACGCUGCACUGGUGUCCUUCAUUAAUUUCUUCACCUCGGUGCUGGCCACCCUCGUGGUGUUUGCCGUGCUGGGCUUCAAGGCCAACAUCAUGAACGAGAAGUGUGUGGUCGAGAAUGCCGAGAAAAUCCUGGGGUACCUCCACACCAACGUCCUGAGCCGGGACCUCAUCCCUCCGCACGUCAACUUCUCGCACCUGACUGCCAAGGACUACACAGAGAUGUACAAAGUCAUCAGGGCCGUGAAGGAAGACCACUUCGCAUCCCUGGGCCUCGACCCCUGCCUUCUGGAGGACGAGCUGGACAAGUCCGUGCAGGGCACAGGGCUGGCCUUCAUCGCCUUCACGGAGGCCAUGACGCACUUCCCCGCCUCCCCGUUCUGGUCGGUCAUGUUCUUCCUGAUGCUCAUCAACCUGGGCCUGGGCAGUAUGAUUGGGACCAUGGCUGGCAUCACCACGCCCAUCAUCGACACCUUCAAGGUGCCCAAGGAGAUGUUCACAGUGGGCUGCUGUGUGUUUGCAUUCUUCGUGGGGCUGUUGUUCGUCCAGCGCUCCGGAAACUACUUUGUCACUAUGUUUGAUGACUACUCGGCCACCCUGCCGCUUACUGUCAUCGUCAUCCUUGAGAACAUUGCUGUGGCCUGGAUCUAUGGAACCAAGAAGUUCAUGCAGGAGCUGACGGAGAUGCUGGGCUUCCGGCCCUAUCGCUUCUACUUCUACAUGUGGAAGUUCGUGUCUCCCCUGUGUAUGGCUGUGCUCACCACGGCCAGCAUCAUCCAGCUGGGGGUCACGCCCCCGGGGUACAGUGCCUGGAUCAAGGAGGAGGCUGCCGAGCGCUACCUGUACUUUCCCACCUGGGCCAUGGCGCUCCUGAUCACCCUCAUCGUUGUGGCGACCCUGCCCAUCCCUGUGGUGUUCAUCCUUCGGCACUUCCACCUGCUCUCCGACGGCUCCAACACCCUCUCCGUGUCCUACAAGAAGGGCCGCAUGAUGAAGGACAUCUCCAACCUGGAGGAGAACGAUGAGACCCGCUUCAUCCUCAGCAAGGUGCCCAGCGAGGCGCCGUCCCCUAUGCCCACCCACCGCUCCUACCUGGGGCCUGGCAGCACGUCCCCCCUGGAGACCGGCGGCAACCCCAACGGACGCUAUGGGAGCAGCUACCUCCUGGCCGGCACCCCCGAGUCGGAGCUGUGACCACUGCCCCACCCUGCCCACCUCUCCCCCCUCAUGCCCAUCCAACUCCGCUCAUCCCAGCCUGGCCUCUCUUUCUAGGCCAGGUCCUCUGCCCAAGGAGAGGGGGUCUGCCCUGCCUCAUCCCCCACCCCAGUCCCAGCCAGCUUCCCCCUACACCUGAGCAGGGGCUGGGAGAGACUCCGUCCCCAGUGCAGGCUCCCAACCCGUCUAACCUCCUGAGAUCCUCUCACCAAAUUGCAGCUGACAAACGGGAACAGUCCAGAAGCCCUGAUUCCCAGCACAGGGGAGAUGGCAAGUGGCCACUGUAGGGGUCGCUCCCCCCCCACCCUCUCUCCCUGUUACCUGGCACCUGUAGGUCUUAGGUCCUGGGCACCCUCUGUGCUGCCAGCUGGUGGUGAGGGGCACCGGGUGGGGUAGGAUGCGGUGUGGGGCAUCCCAGAGGCGGACUGAUUUAAGGUUGGGGAUGGGACGAUUGUGCCAGGACUCAGGGCUCAGACUUGGGAUGGAAUCUUGUAGAAGUCCCCAGGUUCUGUUUUACAAGACAGCUGGUGCGCUCUGGCUUGAGCGCCAGCCUUGGCAGCGGGAGGGGGGCUAGGCAUGGGCGCCCCUCAGCCUGGGGCUCUGGGUGGAAUCUCCCAUGUCCUUGGCCCUGCCUGGGGCAGGAUGUGUCCCGCAUCCUGCCUGGGAGGGCGAGGAUUGCCCGCGACCCUUCCCCACCCCCACUAGGGCUUUGCCUGCCCUCUCCGUCCCCAGCCGGAAGCCCACAGUAGUGGCCUGUGCCUUCUUCCUCGAGAGAGGAGGGGACAGUACACAGAGAGGUUUCCAGAGCACACCUGAUGGUUCACAGCACAAUUCAGUUGGUUUGGAGCACAAUUGUGAAGCACACUCCCUCUCUCACCUGGGGCUCAACUUUCUCGCUAGCGGCAGCUUCUCUCCUGGAAUGGGGGGGGGUCCCUGGAGUUCAGGGGCUCGUACCCAGGACACCUCACACCUGGGGAAAGACGGAUAAUUUCACUGCCCCUUUGGGCUGCCGCUCACUCUCCUUGUGCAAGCCCAGCCCUUGCGGUGUGCCCAUUGUGUGCAAAUAACCUCGGGAACCUUCCCCCAAGAUGCCCAGCCCGUGGUGGGGAGGGCACACAGGCAGUGCUGUGUGGACACUGGAGGCUGCCGAGAGGAAGGGCCGGGCUGGGCACCCCCAGCACCCCCACCCACCCUGACCUGAGGCCUUCCCCGGAAGAGGGCUGCCCUCAGAGUGCAGGCUGGGAGGAUCAGAGCCCGGCUGGAGAAUCAUGUCUGCAGAGCGAUGGAUGGAUUGGUGCAUGGAUGGAUGAAUGGGUGCGCAGCCAUGGAUGGAUGGCCGGCAGGCAGGUAGGCAGGCUGGGCCAGCAGAACUCCAUCUGUGAGACCUGUGGUGGGCAGAGCAUCAGGCCACAGUGCUAGGUCUGGGCACCUUCGCGGAAGGUCAUGAGUUCCUCUUGUGUUCUCAGCACGGGGAGGGACAGAUGAGGUCCGGGGUUCUCUCCUUCGUCCCUUAGCCCCUUGGCCCCCCUCCCCCGCCACCUUGCCUGGGGGUCCAUCCCCCCACCCUGCCAUUUCCUUGACUCAUCCCUCCCCCAUAUCCGCUCCCGUUUCCAGCCCUCCGGCCACACCUGUCCUUUCGGAGUGUGAGGGGAGAAGGAGACCCACAUCUCCCCAAAGACAUGAGCCUUUGGGGCACAACAUCCCGCCUCAGGCACCCUCACCUAACACCUCCUACCUGGCCCCCUGCCUAAUCCCAGCAGAUUUAGCAACAGGAAAAGCAAUGCCCCAGGAGAGACACUCUACUAUAUAUACUCUUCUAUAUAUUCUAUUUCUAUUGUACAUUCAAUCUGUACAUGUGGGUGUAAAUGCUGUUAACUGACAAACCCAAUAUUAUACUGUGGCUGGUGGACUAUUUUCAUCCUCAGUGCUGUACAGAUCUAUUUUCAUUGUAUAUUUGAUAUAUUUUUAAUUUUGUAGCGUGUGGCUGGGCCAGGCCCCAGCCUGCCAGCCUGCACCAGGGCGGCUGAGCUGGGCCGUCGGUUUGGUUCGUAGAGGCUGGGUAAUGCUUGCAGCCUUUUGCCGUAGGCCAGGCCCUGUCCUUGCUGUGUCUCUGCUGUGUUAGACAUAGGGCCUGGAGCUUGGUGUGUGCGCGUGCGCGUGUGUAUGUGUGUGACGUGUGCAGGGUGAUUUGUGAUCCUCAGUGUUCACUGUGUUCCUGAAGACCACACUGCCCCCCCGCCCGCCCCCCCCCCCUCCCCGCCAUCUCCUCCUCUCAGCUCUGUCAGGCAAGGCCUCGGGGCAGGGUGCUGUGGGGAAAGGCAGGUGUUUCUUGCUGGUGACUCAUUGCCUUCACACCACUGGGCUUGCCAGAAACAGGGAAGGAGGGGCUUUGGCGGGGGGAAGCCCCUACAUUUAUUUUCUAGCCAACCUCUUGCUGUUCCCACUGGACUCAUGAGCUCUUCAUUCUAAGGAAAAGCACAGGGUUUCUUAAGAUGGUGAGACCCCAGGAGAGCAGCUCACAGCGCCUCUGUCCCGCGUUUGUCCUUGAGACAGUUCUGAGGGUGUUCUGAAAGGAACAGCUGCUCUUGCCCUGUGCUUCUGACUCACACUCCUCUCCUCACUCCUCAGGGGAGCCGGGAGUGGGGCGAGGCCUGGGGGGAGUCAAGAACAGGUGGGGCAUCUGAUGAGGUACGAUCCAGCCCCAGAUUCCCCAGAGGAGCAGGAGGGGGCCGGAGAGGGGCAGGCCCCCACAUCCCUGUACAGGGUCCCCAUCCCUUACUGGCUUUGGUGCUGUCCAUGCAGUGCCCACAGGGGACAGCGGACUCAGGGCAAGGCAGGGCGGGGCGUGCCCGAAAGAGUCCCCUGGUCCCCGUCCCUGCCUGUCCUCCAGCCCCAAUCACCAGCUUCUUGCUCAGGGAGCCCUCUCCACUGAGGCAGCAUGAAGUCCGAUAUCCAGAUGGGGAUGGACAGGGAGGGCACUUUAGUUGAUACCAGCGAGGUUGGCUUUGGCCCUCCAGCAAUAAAUCUGAGGGAACUUGCACUUUCCUAGUGCCAGGAGAAGAAUUCCUGAGUCACCUGCCAUGGGCUGAGGCUGGGGGGGCUGGAAGCCACGUGGUGCCAGGCCCUGAGCAGGCCUGCAGUAUAAUGGGCAGGGGGCUCCCCUUCUGCCCCUCCUCACAGCUGCAUCCCCCUCCCAUCCCCCCCCCCCCAGAGUACUCCCAUGGUGGAAAAAAGAAGAGACAACAGGUUGGAACACACCUGACUCCCUGAGCGUCCACUAGGCCCUGAAAUGGGGGGCCUGCUGCCCUCUCACUGGAGCCUAAUGACUGGGGUUGGGGAAGAAGGGCACAGCGUCCCUCCUCACCCUGAGCGCUGCUUUGUACAGACCCAAGCACACGCAGCAGGUAUCGCUUUUGGUUCGGGUGCAGGUUUAGAACAAUUCAAAUCCAUGUGCCCCAUGACUGGCCAGAGCCCUGGGUCAAGACCACUCAGCCCAGGGGCGGGGACGAGGCAUUGUCACCCCCAGAACCCCUCCUUCCUCUCUUCACUCCCCGCCCAUGGUGUACAAUAAAGUGUCUGUUCUUACCUAA